ACCAGGACUGACCUGCUUUCCUGCAAAUCUCAACACAAACAACGCCACAGGCCUACCAGGAUAAAGACAUCUACAUUUUUUCCUCUCCUCAGAGAAGAAAACGAGUGAGCCAUGCUGCUUGCGUCCCUACAGCUGAAUUUAGUAACAGGCUGGCCAAACUGACUGCAGUGUGCAGAUCAGAUAGCACACACCCACACCCACAUCUCUGUAGGAGCUCCUGCCAGUUACCCGUGGCCUGCACUGGAUCAUGGCUUCUCCUAGACUCUGGGCUGUUGACUAUGAGGUUUAUGGAGAUGUUCAGGGUGUCUUCUUUAGAAAGUACACUGAAGAGCAGGGAAGGAAAUUGGGGGUGGUCGGCUGGGUGAAGAACACGGCUCAUGGAACUGUGACUGGACAAGUGCAGGGUCCAAAGGAGAAAGUGGAGAUCAUGAAGAACUGGCUGCGCAGCGUAGGAAGCCCCAUGUCACGUAUUGAUCAAGCUGUGUUCUCCAACGAGAGAGAGAUCUCCAGCCUGGAGUUCCAGUCCUUCAUCACUAAGUACUAGAACCAGUUGGCUGGUUGGGCUGGGGAUGUACAUCCCUUGCCAC